AUGGAGCCAGAGCUGGGCAGCGACAUCGAGGUGAGCGUGGUUGGUUUGGAUGGCGAGACCUUCAAGGUGAGAGUCAUGGAGUCCAAGAAGGGCCGAGACCUUCGUGAGCUGAUCAUUGGUCGGAUUCCGGCAAAGCCUGGCGCCUGCGUCUCACUGCUGUACCAAUCUGAAGCGCUUUCAUUGGAGAAGACUCUGAAGGAACAGGGACUUCGCGAUGCCACGUUGUCCUACGUUUACCUCCCUGUGAAUUUGCGUGGCGCCUGGCAUUCCUUGAAAGCGGCAGCCGACUUGGCGGAGAAGGACACGUUGCUCGACGGGGUGACACAGCUGAAAGGUAUCAAAGCAUGCCACCAGCUGCUGAAUUUGCCCAGUAGCUUGCAGAGCCUUAAUUUCGACGACUCCUUUAAUGAUUCCCUGUGGGUGCCGUUGCCCCACAGCCUGCGAUAUUUGAGAUUUGGCCAUGCAUUCAACGAGAGUUUGGCUGGAGUGAUGCUCCCAAAUCUUGACACUUUGACCUUCGGAAGCUUCUACAACCAGAGUUUGGACCGGGUGAAACUGCCCGGCACUUUGCGUUCUCUCACUUUUGGCCUUGCAUUCAACCAGAGUUUGUCGCGGGUCCGGUUACCCAGCGAGUUGCGUCACCUUACCUUGGGUCGGGAGUUCAUCAAGAGUUUGGACAAGGUGAAGUGGCCCAGCAAGCUGGAAACGCUGACGUUUGGCUUGUUAUUUAAUCAGAGUUUGGACAGAGUCACCUUGCCCAACAGCCUGCGGAACUUGACCUUUGGCAGAGAUUUCAACCAAUCUUUGGAGAACGUGCAGUUUCCAACCAGUCUGCAGUCCCUGACCUUUGGUGGUGGUUUUAAACAAAGCUUGGAACCCUUGUUGAUGUUGAGAAAUUUGGAGUCCUUGACCCUGUCGGGCUCGUUCAGUCACAAUUUGGAGGGGCUGUGCAUGGCACAGCUUCAACACCUGAGCUUGGGAAACAAACAAAACCUGAUAGGAGUGACAUUGCCUAAAACCUUGAAGACUUUGGCACUUGGAAGCUGGAUCCCAGCUUUGAACUUGCUGGACCUAGAUCUUCAGAGCUUGACCUUUGGGAACUUCUUCGACCAAAGUUUGGAGAACAUCCCAUUGCCCAGCGGCCUGCGAUCACUGAGUUUUGGCAAUUUAUUCAAUCAGACUUUGGAAGGGGCACAGCUGCCAAAUGGCAUCGAAACCAUGACGUUUGGCAAUUCCUUCAACCAGACUUUGGAGAAUGUGACCUGGCCAUGGGGCCUCAAAACUCUGUCCUUUGGCUGGUCCUUCAAUCAGACGUUGGAGAACGUGAGGUUCCCCGGUGGCCUUGAGACCUUGACCUUUGGUGGUUCCACGGAUCAGAGCUUGACUUUAACCUUUGGCGAUUCAUUCAACCAACCUCUAGAGUUGGUAGAUUUCCCCAUUGGCCUGAAAAAGUUGGCAUUGGGAUUUUCCUUCAAUCAGAAGUUGGACGGCAUUGUUUUUCCAUGCCUGGAGAGUUUGAGUUUUGGCUGGUCCUUCAAUCAGGCACUGGAUCAGGUUCUUUGGCCCGAGACGCUGCAACAUCUCAGCUUUGGCGGGGCAUUCAACCAGGCGUUGGAGAAUGUGAAGUGGCCAGCUGGUCUGCAAAGCUUGACGGUGGGUCAGGAGUUUUCUCAGAGCCUGGAGUCAGUGACGUUUCCAAGCAGCCUUCAAGUGCUUUCUCUUGGCAAUUUGAAUGCCAGUGAGUUGGACGUCGAUCUGCCAACUCACCUUACGACGCUUUCUUGCGAGGGUCUCCUGGUCAGUUGCGCGCCUGUUUCGGCGGUUUCGGAGGAAGAAGCGGGACUCUUUGUUGGAUGGAGCUUUAAGACAGCUGCUGCCUUGACAGCUGCAGUGCUGCAGAGCUGGUUGGGCGGUUUGGUGUCCAAACGCUUGGAUCUCAGUGAACUCGAUCGGUUUGUCCACAGUGGUGCGAUCAGUGGCGUACAACACGGCCUGUUUGUGGAUGGUUUUCCAGUGGAGGUGUUGCGUGGUAUGGCCUUCGAUUGGAUCGUUGGGGCCGCUGCUGUGGUGGUGGCAUUGAGUGUGCAGGCGGGCCGCUUAGCGGCGCACAGCGGCUUAGCACAACUGAACCCUUUGUACAAAGAUGGGGCGUCCUCAGGUGCCAAAGUAAAGUGGACCAUUGAUGACUUGAAGGUGUCCAAGUGUAUGAAAACUGGGCAUUUCCUGGUUAUGUGGUGCCCCGGCCGCAUGGUGCUGGGAGCCGAUCAGAUGUCUGCAGAAAUUCGACCGGCGAAUUCUCAAGAAAGUGUCGGGAGCGAGAGCAAGCAGAUUCGGGCCACCAUCGUUGCGGCUGUCAGCAACCUGUCAACCGCAUACAACUUGGUGAAUGUGAACCUCACCAAUGAAAUCAUGGAGAACCAAUUUUGCGGCGGCGAUCACUGCAAUGCCUCAGUAGCGGCAACGAGCACGGCUUGCCUGGCGGGUGCCAUUUUUGGACAGUUGACUUUUGGAUACGUUGGUGACUGGCUUGGGCGCGGUCCUGCGUUGUACCUGACCAUGGUCAUGUCCAUUGCCGGCGCAUUAGUCUCUGCCUUUGCGGUGCCGCUGAAUCCGCGAGAUCCCACCACGGUUUUCAUUUUCCUCAGCAUUGCCCGCUUUAUUCUGGGCGUUGGCGUUGGUGGUGUCUACCCCUUGGCUGCCACUGUGGCUGCGGAGGGGUCAAGCAGUGCGAACCGUGGCCGAUCUGUAGCGCUGGUGUUCUCCAUGCAGGGGGUGGGACAGCUGCUGGUGCCCUUGGUGGGCAUGGUGUGUCUCUACAUGUUUGGCGAUGGUGUCACCAGCACCAAGACCAUGAUGAACGUUAAAGGCUUAUCCUGGCGUCUAAUUCUUGGUCUUGGAGCGUUACCAGGCAUUCUGCUGAUGCCUUUCCAGCGGGGCCAAAGUAGUGCUGAACCUCGGCCAGACGCAACAGCUGCGCCCAGUAUGAUCCAGGCACUGAGAAAUCGGGCUUACUGGAGAAGUAUCCUUGGUUGCGCUGGUGGUUGGUUCCUUUUUGACAUCACUUUCUAUGGGAAUUCCUUGUUCUCCCCUGCCAUCUUGCAAGACGUGUUCCACGUGGACACCAAGACCUCCACCCCUGUGAUAGGCAACGACCUCCAGCAUAACCUCUGUUGGCAACUGGCCAUUCUGGCACUUCUGGGGCUCCCAGGAUACUACGUCUCAGUGUGCUUCAUGGAUCGCUUGGGCAGGAAGACCAUCCAGAUCCAAGGAUUUGCCAUGAUGGCACUGCUUUACGCGAUCUUGGCUAUGUUCCUGGAUGUUAUGGAAAACCUACCAGCAACACUGCUGUUCGUUUAUGGCUUAACGUAUUUCUUCAGCAACUUUGGACUCAAUAGUACGACCUUCAUUUUGCCCUCUGAAUCCUUCCCUCGGGAAGUGCGCUCAUCGUUGAAUGGUUUCUGCGCUGCCAUGGGAAAGACGGGGGCAGUUGUCGGCUCGUCCAUGUUCAAGCCGCUGAUCGUCGCUUGUGGUACUGGUUUCGUCUUCAUCUGCUGUGCUGUUUGUGCCCUGCUGGGCAUCAUCAUCACCAUUUUUUGCAUCGAUGACAGGCGGGGCCAGGAAAUGAUGGGCGAGGCAGAGGAAUCCCUGUCAUCCUCGCGGGAGGAUCCUUAUGAUGCACCUCAAAGUGAGUGCCCUAGACAUUGAUGAACGAAGCGAAUGCCUCAAGGUAUUUUGUGCCACCAGCCAUGCAAAGCCAAUGGACUGUGUGAGAAGCCGAGCACAAUCCACUGGUUGGUUGUUUCAUCAUGUUGGCGCAGUACAGGUUCCUUGCGUUUGAGUCGCACUGAC